AUGUCCGCUACGGCGCUAUCCAUACCCGAGCAAAUUCACCAGCUGAACGACGCGCGCAAGUUGGUCCUCAGCGAUGUUAAGCACUACCCCAAUGUGGUUCGCGGAAUAGUACCAGUGAUCAAAGGCACCUCAGCGCUCGAACUCCGACGAUGGGGCGCCGACUUUCUGGCGGAGGCUUUCGCGACUCCGGCCCUUCCUACUGGCGAAAAGGAAACAAUGCAGCCCUAUGUCAUGGAGUGGUUGGAAUCGAUACUAAACAACGAAAAGGAAGAUAUUCAAGUGUUGAGGAGCGUUAUACAGACAGCCGCGAGUAUUUACCCACUGGCGAUGCGGUGGACGAUCAAUAACUCUUACGACAAAACUACGUGGGAUAGGAUGAUGGCAAUCAAACAACGUAUACUACAGAUUUGGGACACCUCCGGAGCCAGUGUCAAGAUCUGCUGCAUCAAGUUCGCGCAACGGGUGGUGUUGGCGCAAAGCGUCACUGCUGGCCAUGAAGCACGGUAUGGCGGCACGCUUGAUGUAUCGCUUGACAAAGUGCCCUCUAAUCAUCAGCUCUUGAGCACCCCGAGCCUCGAAGCAGAAGCUGAUGGCCCCAUGACAUCGAAACAGAAGGUCAUGGUCAGGUCAAUGGAGAAGACAACUCGCAUACUCCUCAUCCAUCUCAGCAAGCGCGACCCCCAUAACCCAAUGGUGCCACGUAUACAGCAGCAUGUUGAGCGUAUGAUGCGGGCCGUCGCCGACGCAUUCGAUGGGACGGGUAAGAAGAGGCAGCUCGAGGCCUCGGUUGAAGAGGCUCAAGGUGUGAAGAGACAACGGUUGGUACCGGCCGAGGUGACAAUUCCUCCGCUCGGCUCAGGGCCGCACAGUCUCGCAGACGUCUAUGCCCUCACAGAUGCUGCCGGGCUCAGGUCCUUCGACAUUUCACAAGUGCCUUCGCCAUUAAUAGCCAAGCUUGCCGUGAGCACGCUAGCCAGGAUAGACCCUCAGCUACUGGACAAAUCGAUCGCUGCUGUGCGAGAUCGUCUACAAGCAUUGGCUACCGCCCCGGCCCCAGAAAUCAACGCGAACACGGCGCCACUAGGCGUCGAUGACGACGACGAUGACUACGAACCCGACUUCUUCCAGGCAGAGGACACUGAGCAGAUCCUCAACAAGCUCGAUGGCGCUCCAGUUGGUUCGCACGAGCAGGCUGCCGUGGAGACUGCACUGGGCCUGAAGACAUUCCAUCUUCCACAGCCUCCUCAAUUAUCACCAGAGCUGGCCCUCACUUCGGGCAACGACAUUGUAACUAGGGUUCUGGACAUGACCAAGACAAUGGACGAACCCGGGACGAAGAAGGGCAAAGCAGGGUUCGCUCGACUUGCGGCCAGUUCUGGAAUCCGAGAGUCGUGGUUGACUAUAGUCACGCGACUUGCCACGCGAUCAUCAGGGGGGCUAGAGCGCCCUUUGAUCAAGGGCGAGGACGACCCAAGCCACACACAAUCACUGAGCGAAAACAUCCGGGAUGUUUUAUAUAGUUACAUCAUGGAGGACUUUCGAAAACACAUCGACAUCUCAGUGUCCUGGCUCACAGAGGAAUGGUACAACGACAAGAUGCAGAGCAAAGCGGGUGGCGAUCAGCCUAUGCACUACGAAGAAUGCGCACUUCGGCUCAUCGAUGGGUUUCUACCAUUUGUCCACCCGCAAGACAAGGUCCUUACGCGUUUCCUGAGCGAGCUGCCCGAACUGAAUGAUAAUAUCCUAGCACGGGUCAAGUCACUCUGCAAGGACCCUAGCAUCGUUCAGUUGGCCUUGACCAGUCUGUUGUAUCUGGUCAUGAUGCGGCCACCUAUCAAAGAAUUGGCGUUGGACACCGUGCAAGACAUCUGGACAGAAUACGAGGAAGCGCGACCGAUCGCUACGAAGUACUUGACCAAAUAUAGACCAGAUUUCAUCCAGGCAGCGAACGAGGGAACGGAUAAUACGACGGCUGUUACGACUUAA